AGUUUUAGAAUAAAGGUAUUUGUUGUAAUCGUUGAAAUUACAAUAUAAUGGAAGGCAAGGAAAGUAACAUUGGAUCGUCGUCCUCCACCCCAAAUCUCAUUGCAAAAUCUAAGCCAUAUACAACCCAAUUCCAAGGGUUUUCUGUUCCUUCUGAACAUAUUUCAUCCAUAAUCUCAUUUCAGAAACAUUUUCAAGCUCUUGACGAUGAUAUCAUCAUUGCCACUAAGCCCAAAUCUGGCACCACUUGGCUGAAAGCUUUGGUGUUUUCCAUCGUCAACCGUCAUCGUUAUACGCUCUCAAACACUCUCUUAAACUUUACAACCCCUCAUCUACUAGUUCCUUAUUUUGAUCUCGAACUUUAUAAAGAAAACCCUAAUCCUGAUCUCUCUACAAUCCCCUCCCCAAGGAUAUUUUCUGCUCAUCUCCCGUAUCCAAUUCUUGCUGAUUCCAUCAAACAUUCAAAUUGUCGGAUUAUUUAUAUGACUCGCAAUCCUUUUGACAAUACUGUCUCAUAUUGGCACUUUAUAAAUGGAAUGAAAAAUACGCCCAAGCCGUCAUUGGAGGACUGUUUUGAGACGUUUUGCAGAGGUGAAGAAGUGUAUGGACCCUUUUGGGACCAUGCUUUAGGGUACUGGAACAUGAGCCUGGAGAAGCCAUCGAAUGUAUUGUUCUUGAGAUAUGAAGAGUUGCUGGAAGAUCCAGUGGCUCAAACAAAGAGAUUUGCUGAAUUCUUAGGAUUUCCUUUCUCCAUGGAAGAAGAGAAAACAGGCAUGGUUAACCAAAUUGUUGAUUUUUGCAGUUUUAACAAUUUUAAAAAUUUGGAGGUCAACAAAACUGGGAAGACCCCAGGACCUAAGAUACCUAGUAAUAAGUUAUUUUUUAGAAGUGGAAAAGUGGGUGAUUAUGUUAAUUAUUUCUCUCCUGCUGCUGUGGAACGUUUAAGUAAUAUUUUGAAAGAAAAACUAAGUGGAUCCGGCUUAACUUUCAAGUAAGUUGCUUAAGUUAAGUAGAAUUUUUUUUUCUGUAAACUUAUUUUUAUCUACCUUUUGUUUGUUGUAAUAAACUUAUAAUUUCAGCUUAAUUAUUUUUGUUGAUUUCAUAAAAAAAUCAACCAAUAAGUGGGUGAAAAA